GUGGGAGAGUCUUGCUAAAUGCACACGCAAUGUAGAAAAUUUUUAACGGAUUCCCGCAAUUCCAUCCGUUUUCUACGACUUGUUUUACGAGAAAGAUGCUUUUGGCUUCAUCUUUCUCCUCCCUCUAUUACAAAUCCAACUACAGAUGAUACUUUCAGCAAGUGGGCCGCACCAAAAUGUCCACUCCAUCCUACCCAUCCAUCCCUCCAAGCCAUUACCAAGACAUGUAUCCCUUCAAUGGCAAGAUCAUGGUCUUUGCUGUUGCAUUGCUGCUGGUCAUAACUUCCUUAGUGUUGCUACUUCAUGUGUAUGCUAAAUGGUGGUUCUUCAGGCACUCUCAGGGGAGGAGAUUGUCCAUCCCUGACUUACCUUCCUUUUCUCAGCUUCAACGGCUUAGCAUUGCAUCGGUCGACAACGAUGCCCAUGUGAUUGACGGUUUGGAUUCUUCGGUGAUUGCUUCCUUGCCUAGUUUUGUAUACAAACCGGACAGCGGCGAGAAUGGCAUGGAGUGUGUGGUGUGCUUGAGUAUGUUGGAAGAGGAUGAUAAGGGUCGGAUUUUACCAAAUUGCCAACAUGCUUUCCAUGCCGAUUGCAUCGAUAUGUGGCUGUUGUCACGUUCGACAUGUCCGAUUUGUAGAAAUGUUGUUGCGGGGCCGGAGGAACUGGUGAUUGGGUCGAUGGUGCAAGAGCUGGGACAAGAGCCAUCACAGACGUCGGUUGUAUCGGCAGUGGCACAUGGAUCAGAUGGUAAUUCGCCACUUGAAAUUGGUGUCGAGAUGCCGACGGAUUCAAGGUAUGAAGCCCAAACAUCAAAAGAUUUUUCUUCAUCAUCAUCUUCUUCUUCUUCUACAUUGGGUGAGUCUUUGAGAAGAAUGCUGAGUAGGAGUAGAUCAGAAUGCAGAGUGUUUCCUUCAGCCCAUGUAAAUGAGAGUCAUGGAAUUGUAUGAGUUUGUAUCCAUUUGUGUAUAUGUGAGUGAGAGGAUGUAAUUUACAAGUUAGAAUGUGUAUUUCAUCAAGGGCUGUGAUGCAGUUAGAGUGUACUGGUGGGGUGCAAGUGGCCCACCUUGAGAUUGGAUUUGGACUGUGUCAUCCUGACCACAUUUUGAGCCUGGGUUCCAGUUUCAUGGUCCGAUUGCUAGUUGAGCCAGGGCGGGGCUUGGUUAUGCUUAGAGCCUGACGAGGACGUCCUUCGGGGAAAAUGUUGUACGGUAAGGUAUUUUCAGUUUGUACUAGUUGGCCAUAAUUCCAAGCCGUUGAUACAAUGGGCCUUUUGGUAGGUGGCCCAUGAUGUAUAAUAUUAGUACUUUUCCUUUGGU